UUUAGGUGCUGCUAGGUCUGCACGGCACGAGAGAAAUUCCAUGUGAUUUGUGCAAUGUCUUAAGAUCAAACUUCGGAGAGGCUAUGGCUACAGACGAGUCCUCUCUGAGGACCCUUGAAGGUUUGAUGUCAGAGUUCUUUGAUGCAAGAACAACAAAUGAGAGGAAACGCCAAAUAGAGGAACUUUUGAACCACUUCAGUCAGCAGAGGGAUGCUUGGCAUCACAGCCUUUAUUUCCUGGCCAACACUAAGAACAAUUAUGUGAUGAUGUUCUGUCUAACUGUGCUUGAUAAUUUGAUUAACAAGCAAUGGCUAGGGCUUGAGGCAUCAGACAAGAUGGAGAUCAGGAAUACUCUGAACCGCUUUCUUCUAGAACACCAUACCAAAGUGCCAGUAUAUAUCAGAAACAAACUGUGCAAACUUGUGGUGGACAUUGGGCGGCUUGACUGGCCACACUUUUACCCAGAUUUCUUCACAAGCAUGUUACAGUUAAUUCAGCACCAGGAGACAGUCAUUCUGGGUAUUGUCCUCAUCCAAACAUCAUCUGAAGAACUGGCUUGUCCCCGGGAAGAUCUGAGUGCUGCUCGCAAGGAUGAACUUAAUAGACUCCUGCUGCAGCAAGUCCCGACUAUGCUUAGUCUAAUUAGUAAUACUUUAGAAGCCAUCUUAGAAAAACAUCGUCACCUAGUGGCUGCCACCCCUCCUCCAUCUCCUACACAAGGUCAGGUGUCACAUGCGCCAGCCAAAUCAGCAACAUUUGCUUUAUUCACCAAUGAUCCUAUACAGCCAAGUCAGAUACUGAAGAACAUGUUCAGCUCCCCUGCCAAGACCAUCAAGUAUGAAUCUAUCCCUCCCCUGGACUCCGAGUCACACCAUACAUGUGUUCUGGCACUCAACUGUCUCUCACAUCUGUUCAGUUGGAUACCUCUGUCCACCACUAUCACACCAAACCUGCUCAGCACUAUAUUUCACUUUGCGGCAUUUGGCUGCGAAUCUGCCUCGGUGCACAAUCGUAGUAGCGGAGGGGUUUCUUCAGACUUGAAUGGCAGUUACACCACGGACUCGGAAUCUCUAGGUGUGCUUGCCAUGUGCUGUAUCAAUGAACUGCUCUCAAAGAACUGUGUCCCACAGGAGUUUGAGGAUUUUUUACUGCAAAUGUUUCAGCAGACAUUUUAUCUCUUGCAAAGACUUACAAAAGAAAGUACUACGACAUCGUCUGGGAAUAAGCUGGAAGAGCUUGAUGAAAGUUACAUUGAGAAAUUCACAGAAUUUCUGAGACUUUUUGUCAGCAUUCACCUUCGACGAUUUGAGGACACCAACUCCUUUCCAGUCCUUGAAUUCCUGGCAUUGUUAUUUAAGUACACAUUUAAACAGCCCACUCAUGAAGGAUACUAUGGAUGCUUGGAUAUAUGGACCAUCUUUUUAGACUAUCUCAAUGUCAAAUUGACAAACCGUGCACUAGAUGUGAAUGCCAUAAUUUCCAAGUAUAAAGAAGCCUUGGUAUCACUGGUCAGUCAGAUUCUGCAGAAGUUACAGUUCCGUUUUAACCAAUCUCAACUAGAGACACUGGAUGAUGAAACUCUAGAUGAUGAUUCAGAAACAGAAUGGCAGCACUUCCUAAGACAGUCAUUAGAGAAUGUUGCUAAGGUUGCAGAAAUUCUUCCACCUGAUGUUUUUCGGAUAGUGUAUCAGCCAUUCAGUGACAACAUGGAGAUUUACCUGGGCUUGGAGCAGUUUCUUACCAAUGGCCCACAGGGGAGGAAGCUGAACAUCCCUGCAGAAAAUGAGUGUCGCCGUCUACAUUGCAGCAUGAGGGAUUUGUCCUCAUCGUUACAGGCUCUGGGGAGACUGGUGGAUCACUUCAUUGGGGAGUUCUUUUCACAGAGACUGCAUGAUGCUCAGACCUUGAUUUCAAAAGUUGUCCAGUGCUGUGUGUAUGGAACCAAAGUCAAAUUGUAUGAAGUCAGCACCUUUGCUCAAAAUGUUCUUCAUGCAGAUUUCAUCGAGGUACAUGCUCAAGCUUUGGCAGCCAUGAAGGCUUACUCCCAUUGGUUGGCAGAAUACUAUGUUGAAUCGUACAAGCAUCAGGAGCAGCGACAGAAGUGUGAGCAGCUGAUUAUGACAGUUGUCCACACCUGCAUCCCACUUUUUGAAAAAGAGAUUCCAGAUAAAAUUGUCCACUCUGCAGCACAUUUGCUUUUAACACUGAUGACUACAGUGAGACCUGCAUUCUUGCUAAGACUACCAGAGAUACAAACCUUGUACAACAAAGCCAGUCAAGGGUCAUGUGCAGAUUUGACCACAGAGGUCCAGUUAUUACUGUACAGAGCACUGUCAAACCAUCUUCUCCUACCCUGGCCUAAUCUGGCCGAGGGUGACCAAGACUGGCAGUCCAGGGCAGCACACCAUGAAACUUUCAUUAAACAGCUUACAACACAGUACCAACAACUAAAGACUAUGGAGUCUCUGGCACAAAGCAAGAGCUUACAGGAUCAAGCCAAGCCGUGUGUAAAAUGGACCCUCCAGCUUCUGACUGACCAGGUCAGUUCCAUAGCAGCAGAUGUGGUCAAGUCCAAACAGAUCUGUUGCCAAUCCAUUCAUGAACUCAUUCAGACUACAAUGACUUUGUUUCCUGUCUACAUGCAUCAGACAGAUGUUUUGGAUGACAUGCUUGGGUUUUUCCUGACAGUAUUUGAGGGCCUAAGAGUGCAGAUGGGGGUGUCCUUUACGGAAAGAACUAUUCAGACAUUUAUGAGUCUGUUCACAAGAGAGCAACUAUCAGAGAUUAUCACAAAUGAAACCAGUACAGGGUUCAGGGUAGUAGAGAAGUUCCUGAAGAUCCUCCAGUUUGUGGUGCAGGAGCCAGGGGCUGCAUUCCGAGCAUUCCUUCCUGGUAUCAUAGUUAUCUGCAUGGAUCAGAUCUAUCCCCUGCUUGCUCAGAGACCCACUCCAGACAUCAAGGCAACAUUCUAUGAACUCCUGUACAUAAUACUGUUACAUAACUGGAGGUAUUUCUUUAAACCUGGUGUGGUAAAUGCCAGGUCGUCAAUUCAGACAGCAGCUAUUGCUGCCACAAGCAAACAAAAUGAGCAGGUGGAGCAUCAACCACAGUUUAUCAGUAUUUUACAGGCAUUUGGACAGUCCUUCCUCCAGCCAGACAUUGGUAUAUUCCGACAGAACUUGGAAUACCUGGAAGAACUGAAUGAAAAAUGGAAGUUGUAUCAAAAAAACAUCUUCAAGGAAGUGAUGCUGUUUCAGUUUCUCAACGUUUUCAUCCAAGUGCUCAUACACAGGUCACAUGACCUGCUCCAAGAAGAGAUUGGAAUCACCAUUUACAACAUGGCAGCCGUUGACUUUGACAAAUUUUACAGUGCUUUUCUGCCACAGUUUCUGAAUGGAACCGAAGGACUAGAUGAAAACCAGAGGACCAUUCUGGCUCAGAAUUUUGAAGUAGAUAAGGAUUUGCCAACAUUUACCCAAAAUGUACAUCGGCUAGUGAAUGAUUUACGCUACUACCGUCUGUGUAAUAGCAGCCUCCCAGCUGGAUCAUUCAAGUUUGGAUAAAAAUGAAAGUUAUCAAUCACUAAAAGCUAUAUAUACAAUGAAAUAGCCUAAGGUGCUGUGCCAGAGCCUGGGGAAGUCUUUUUUCCUUUGAGGAAGAGAGUUGGACAUUGUUUUUACAUUCAAGUAGGAGCCAGUAUUGGUGAAUAAUUCUUGAAGGACUUUGAAUAUUCUUCCAUUCUUGCAAACCUAUAUGUUGUCUGUUUCGUUCAUUAAGGCUGUGCUAUGAGACAAUGCCAUAGAUCAUAUUUAAUUGAGGUAGGGGCAGCAAUGGUGCACUUUGUUGUAGACUUUUUUUGGCAAUUUUGGUGCUCAUAAAAAUAUUACAAUUAAAUUUUACUUUGUUUUCACAUUUUUUGGUAUCGAUAAAUUGAACGCAUGCAACCUUGUAUUUAUGUAACUAUUUGUUUGAAAAUAACUGGAAGCUUUGGUUAAUCCCCUAAAAGUCAUUCUAAACUGACAAAAUACUUUAUUUGCGCAUGAAUCAAUUUAUGAGUUUAGUUUAUAACUUGUGCAAUAAGCAGAACUAAUAUAUCUGUCUUGAUUUGAUUGUCAUUAUAUAUUGGAUUUUUUACAUGUUAACCCACAUAUCUGUCUGGCCAUUACCAUUGUAUAAUAUUUUCAUGCGACUGUGUAGACCAUGCUACAUGAUGUGGUUCUGUAACUCAAUUCUACUCGUUUUAAUCAUAAUGAAUGGAGCAUUGUCUUGUAUUCAAGAGCAAGCUAUUUAGAGAAUAGUUAUUGGAAGAAUUAGAGGUGAAUUUCAGCAGUUUUGCUUGAUCUUAUAAAAAUAAUUAUAUUUGCCAAAUGUCUUUGGCUUGUGAAUAAUUUCUGUACAGUCUAAAAUGUAUUGGUUGUUAAUAAUAAAAAAUUUAUAUCAUGGAAACGGGUUAAGAGUUCUGAGGGGAGAAAUGGAUUUUGUGCUAUUUCGAAUGUGGGCCCACGGAUUUGGAAAAGUUUUAAGAUAAAUAUGCACAACUGCAGCAACUAGUGAUACAGUUGCCUUGAGGUUGUUCCCACACAGUCUAUUUUUAACAAACUUUUGUUCAGUAAGACGAGUGUGGCAAAAUUCUACCCAAAAUACAUGCAUCACUGUAUCUGGAAUCACAUGUUUGCUCACCAUACAGGCUAGAAC